UAUUUACGAAUGAAACUAUAACUCCGUAACAAGCCGCCGCGACAGCCACCACCGUUACUGCCGCUCCACCAACACCAGUUUCAUGGCUGCCGUGCUAUCAAGAACAGCUCCUCUCCGUCGUGCUUCCAGACUUUUCUCCUCUUACGCGACGUCAUCUCGUCUAACACUUCACCUUUCCAAGGAAAUUCCCAAAUCACAUCUCCACCGACCUCUCCCUCAGUCGGAUGUAGGAUCAUUUACAAAGCUCCCUAGGUUUCUAUCUACUAAUGCUAAUGCGGCUGGUGCUGCUGCUAAUGCUCAAGCUGAUUCAGCAUUGAAAGGAACGGCGUCAGAUGCUCACUCUGAUCAGGGGAAGCAGUCCGGCGAUUCGCAUCAUAGUUCAGAGCAGGGAAAAUCUAUUCGAGGCGGGCCUAUUUCGUGGUUGAGCUUUCUUUUGCUGGUUGCCAGCGGAGCAGGGGUUGUCUUCUACUAUGAUCAGGAAAAGAAACGACAUAUUGAAGAUAUAAAUACUUCUUCAACUGCAGUGAAGCAAGGGCCUUCGGUUGGUAAAGCAGCCAUUGGGGGUCCAUUCAACCUUCUUGACCAUGAUGGGAUAUCUGUCACUGAGAAGGACUUCAAGGGGAAAUGGACCUUGAUAUAUUUUGGUUUUACUCACUGCCCAGAUAUUUGCCCAGAUGAGCUACAAAAGCUUGCUGCCGCAAUCGACAAAAUAAAGGGGAAAGCAGGUUUUGAGAUAGUACCGGUUUUCAUUUCAGUCGAUCCUGAGAGGGACACAGUAGAACAAGUGCGCGAGUAUGUCAAAGAGUUCCACCCGAAGUUGAUUGGGCUUACUGGUCAUCCAGAUGAGAUAAAAAAGGCUGCUCGUGCUUACAGAGUUUACUAUAUGAAAACAGAGGAGGAAGGCUCAGAUGGCUCAGAUUAUCUCGUUGAUCACUCGAUAAUCAUGUACUUGAUGGAUCCGAACAUGGAAUUUGUGAAAUUUUUUGGGAAGAAUAAUGACGUUGAUGCCCUCUCUGAAGGAAUCAUCAAUGAGAUCAAGCAGUACAAAAAAGCUAAAGCGUAAAUGCUUUUAGCAGUCACUCGAAUUUUGCGCCUGGGAUGUGCAAAAAGGUAGAUGGGUCUACUUUUCUGCAGUCUCCAUAUGAAGAGGUAUGGUUAUGAACUGUCUCCUUUAACUAUACAAAGAUUGUUUAAGAUGGAUGACAUCUGAGUAUAUUUUUUUUCUUCUUGGAAGGGAUGAUAGUAUUAAUUGGAAUUAAUCAAGUAACAUAUGUCCAUUGUUAACUAUACUUUAGUUCUUAAUAAGUCCAUUAAUUAAUACAUACACAAAAAUUCCAUAUGUUUGUUGGUUUCUAUUAUGAUUAUUUGUUUCUGCAUCAGCUGAUAGCAGAUAUAAAUAUAACCAUUAUGUUUUGGAAAGUGCAUCACAUCAUCUAGUCUUGUUGGUGAUGGUGUUUGUUCUGCUCAUGGAGGGUCGAAUAGGAUCGAAUCAGUUCAUCUAUGAGUUGUUCUAUGUAUGUAGACUUGGGACUCAACAAGAUCGAGUGAGACAAAAAUGCAUUUUUUCCCGUCCACCAAAAUAGGUGGAACAAAAAUCAGGGAGAUGGACAAGUUUGAUAAAUUACUAAACUAUCCCCGUCGAAUUAGACCUUGCAACCUUGUACAAAAUUUUCAUCCACCUAUUUCACUCUCUUUCCCAUACCCAUUCUGUCAAGUUCAGUCUCGUCCAAUAGUUAUUUACUAAAAAAAUUAUAAAUACGCAAAGGUUUGAGAAGUGAGAGAAAAAUGACACAAGCCCAAAAGGAAAGGUUUGAUUAAGGGGCCGUUUACUAAACGCUU